AUGAGCAAUGGAGGUAUUUUAGCAGCAAUGCUUGGAAGUAGCAGUAAUAAUAGUGGAAGUGGUAGUGGAAGUAGUAGUAGCAGUAAUAGUGGCUAUAGAGCAUCAUCUUCAUCACCAUCAUCUUCAUCAAAAAUUAAAUUAGAUUCAUCAUCGUCUUCAUUAUCUAAUUCAGAUUCUGACCUCAAAUCCAAGUUUGAUUCGUUAAAAAGAAAAUAUUCGAUUUUGUCAUCCGACUUGAUUAAAACCACAACAACAUUGUAUAUUGUGAAAAAAAAAAAUAAAAAAUUACCUAAAGAAAAAAGAUUUUUAUUGGACAGAUUAUUAAAAUUUGAAGAUUUAUCAUCAGACUCUGAAGCAGAUAUAGAAGAUGACAAAGGUUUUCAAGAUAAACCAAUUACUACAAACAAUAGUGGGUCAAAUAACCCUCUUAAAAAUCUAAAGGAUUAUAGUAGUGGUAGUAGUGGUAGUAGCAGAAGUGGAGUAAAUCAACCACGUUCCAAUAUAAAUAAUUCAAACGAUAAAUAUAAAAGUAAAAGUAGUAGUAGUAAUAGUAAUAGUAGUAGUAGUGGCGGUUCUUUAAUAUCAUCAUUACUAACAGGUGGUAAUACAUAUCAAAAUCAAAAUCAAAACCAAAACCAAAAUCAAAAUCAAAAUAAUAAUCAAUCACAGCUACAACAACAACAACAACCACAACCACAAAUUCCAGAAGAAGGUAUGUGUAUAGGUUCAUCUAAAGAUAGAUUAUGUAAGAGUAAAGCUUUACCAAAAUCUAAAUAUUGUUGGCAUCAUAGUCCACUCGAUCCAAACAGUGGUAAUAUAUUUUGUCAAUAUAGUAAUGCAAAGAAUAAGAAAUGUGUUAUGCCAGUACAAAAAUCAAAGGGUACUGUUUAUUGUACUCACCAUCAUACAAAGUUUUAUGAAACUCAUAGAAAUGGUUUACUCAACAACAAUAAUAACAGCAACAAUAAUAGUAAUAGUAAUAGCAAUAAUAAUAAUAAUGGUAUUAAUAAUAGAAACAACAGCAAUAACAACAGCAAUAACAACAGCAAUAACAACAGCAAUAACAGCAACAAUCGUAAUAUAACGAAUGGCUCAAAUGCCAAUAAAAGCAAUUCACCUAAUAACAAUUUAAAUACCAAUAACGAUAACAAAAACAAUAACUCAAAUAAUAAUAAUAACUCAAAUAAUAACUCAAAUAAUGGUAAUAGCAACAACAAUAAUAAUAAUAAUAUUAUUAAUAAUAAUAAUAGCAAUAGCAAUAGUAAUAACAAUAGUAAUAAUAAUAGUAAUAACAAUAGUAAUAGAAACAGCCCAAAUCAUAAUAACAAUGGUGAUAACGAUAAUAAUACUAAUAAUAAUACUAAUAAUAAUAAUAAUAAUAAUAAUAAUAAUAAUAAUAAUAAUAAUAAUAAUAAUAAUAAUAAUAAUAAUAAUAAUAAUAAUAAUAAUUAUGCCGACAAUAGUAAUAACAACAGCAGCAACAGCAACAACAACAACAGCAACAGCAACAACAACAACGACAAUAAAAACGAAAAUAGCGAUAAUCAAAGUGUUUUAAGAUCAAAUGAAAAGUUUACUGACGAAAACCAAAAAAAUGGUUCAGAUGAUCAACAAAAUCAAUCACUACAAGAAGAAACACAACAAACAACUCAUGUUUCAGAGGAUCUUUACAGCUCUCCUUGA